GUGAGAGAGUGCGGUGAGUUGAGUGACGGCGAAGGGCAGCGCGUUGAAUUUGGAUGGCACAGUGGCAGUGGCAGCCGACCACUGACGUGCACUAUCAAAUGCAUUGGAAACAGACAGGCAUUGGCUUGUAGCCCGGACACUGUCAACAACAACGACUGGUGGUGUUGAUCAAGGCCCUUUUGGACCAACUCGGCGCCCGGCUUCGGCUUCGCGCCUUUGCUUGCUUAUUGCUCUCCCCGUCGCCAUGGCUUCAUUGGACAUCGUCACCAAAAAGCCUGUCUCGGGCGAGACCACCGUGACUGUUCACCCCCUGGUGCUGCUCUCCGUCGUGGACCACUACAACCGUACCAGCAAGGGCACAAAGCAUCGCUCCGUCGGUGUCCUCCUCGGCUCCUGGAAGAGCCCCACGAACCUGGACAUUGCCAACAGCUUUGCUCUGCCUUUUGAGGAAGACCUCAAGUCGCCUGAUGUCUGGUACAUGGACCAUGACUAUCUUCGCAACAUGUUUGGCAUGUUCCGCCGCGUCAAUGCCAAGGAGCGCGUGGUGGGCUGGUAUCACACGGGACCCAAGCUGCGGGCCAAUGACAUUCAGAUUAGCGAAAUGCUGCAAAAAUUUGUAGAACACCCGAUUCUUUGCGUUAUCGACGUGCGUCCUGAGGUGUCGGGCCUCCCCAUCAAGGCCUACGUUGCUGUUGAGGAAAUUCACGACGAUGGCACACCCACCACAAAGGGCUUUGAACACGUUGGCUCGGAAGUGGGAGCAGAAGAGGUGGAGGAAGUUGGCGUUGAGCACCUCCUGCGCGACAUUACAGACCUUGGCUUUUCAGGCUCGCUUUCACACCGCCUGCAGCAACAGCUCGACUCGCUCAAGGGGCUCUCGGGUCACCUUCAACAGGUGCACGAGUAUCUCCAGAUGGUGGCGGAGCAAAAACUCCCCAUCAACCACAACAUCAUGUACUUGAUUCAGGAAAUCUUCAACAAUCUACCCAACGUUUCCGGCAAGGACCUGGCGACUUCAGUCUCCAACACGACGAGUGACCAAAUGCUGGUGGUGUAUCUGGCCUCGAUGAUUCGGGCAACAAUUGCCUUGCACAACCUCAUCAACAACAAGCUGGAAAACUUGGAGCACGAGAAGGAAGGUCCGACUGGCACCAAGAAGAAGCCAGCAGCUGAGGAGAGCUCAGAGGACAACAAGGAGAGUGGCAAAGACAAGGCAAAGGAAAAGGCUGGCAAGAAGCCGGCGCAAUAGUCAACUCCAUGCGCCUCUUCAUAACUGUGCAUUUUCCAUCUUUUUGCGUGUUCCUUGUGGUCUGAAUUUAGUCCAUUCAAGCCCC